AUGAGUAACUCGGCCAACGCCAACGCCCUCUCCACGGAGGAGAUGGAGCGUUUCCAAAAGCUGUCCAAUGAGUUUGAGCCCGAUGUCAAAGGCCCUGCAGUCUCAGUCAAACAGUCAAGUCACAACAUUGCUCUUGAAUACGCCAAUGCAGACCCCACCUUAGCCGCCAAGACAAGCGCUCUUGCAUUGACGCAUCCUACCACCCGGGUAAUGAGGGGGGACGGAAAUUGCGGAUGGAGAGCGGUCAUCUUUGGCUACUUUGAGAUUCUGUUCAAUCUCCGGGAUCCACACCGCGUGCAGGCGGAAUCACAGCGAAUCAAAAACUUGAAUGGCCUUCUGGAUCGGGUCGGGCACCAACAAGAUAUCUACGAGAUCUUCGUCGAUGAAACAAUGGACAUCUUUACCCAAACUCUAACAGCAAUUCAAAACGGAGUCCAUGACGAGUCAUUCUUGGUCGAGGCGUUGUGCAAUGAGAACCAGUCCAAUGCAGUCAUUACCCACUUUCGGCUUCUGACCAGUGCUUGGAUGAGGCUUAACCCCCAAGACUACCAGGCGUUCUUGUCACUGCCCGUAGAUCAAUAUUGUUCCACACGGAUAGAAACUGUGCGCACCGAGAUUGACGAGGUCGGGCUACAGGCCCUCGUGGUUGGAAUCAUCAAAGACGCGGGAUUUGGGGUUGAGAUACUUUACCUCGACCGAAGCGAGGGAGACGCCGUGACACCACACCCGCUCACCACCGCCACGCCUGCAGGGGCCACCAUCCGACUUCUGUAUCGCCCGGGUCACUAUGACCUACUCUACCGCCCCGAAGUUGAAGUAAACAUCAAUCCCAUGGUCAAUUAUCAAUAUGGCAUGACCACGAACUACGCUCCCUGGGACCAGGGUGCCGCUCACAAUUUCGAAAUCAGCCCACAAAUGAUGGCAAUUCCCAAUUUAAUGGCGGAUCCGGCCUUUGCUAUGGGUCCUGAUCCCAUGUCUCCCAUGUCUUCAGUUUCCCCGGCUCCCGCCAGCCCAUAUCAGCCUUCUCCUACACACGAGAUGUAUCCAACCCCGAUCCAAAGCCACGCACCCGUUCCGGCUGUUCCGUCCAUUCCGGCCCCGUCGCCUCCGGCCGUGCAAUCGAGUGCGCCAAAACCCAUGAUGAGCCUGCCCAGUCGGACAUCGGACGGUCCACAGAUCCGCAUGAACCCGUUUGCCAUGAAGGCCAGUCUCAACCGGGCUCUCCCAGUGACCACACCCUUCAAGAACUCUCCGUACAACCAAGCUCACUUCCAAAACCAAGAUUUUGAGCCGAUUCAUUGGGAGCCAAGCGAUUCCCGAAGAUAA